AUGUCGACUCUGGGAGGCCGCCGCGGGAUGAGGCCUAAAAUGAUGAUGCCGUUUGAUGCCCAGCCGCCUCAGCCUCACCCCAUCCACUCCCUAGACUCGCUCCAGCCUCAGCACUACCACAGCCUGGCCUCGCCCACGCGCACAUACCUGUACCACCCCCAGGCCAGUGGAGGGCGCUACCACCCCUGUGCCUCCCCCAUCGCUCACCUGUCCCGGGGCGAGUCUAUAGUGCCACAUGGUUGUCGUAGCACCACGGAGGAGGAGGGCAGCUAUAGCGGCAGCCUGGCCCCUCUGCGCCCGGUGCACGCACACCCGCUGAAGAGCUUCGCAGUCCCCGCCAUCCCCCCGGGAGCCCACCCCUCCUACGAGAACCCCGCCCUGCCCUGCACGCCCCUGCUCACACAGAGCGGCGCUCCCAGCCACCCCCACGUGGUGAAGACGGCCUCCAUCGGGACCCUGGGCCGGACGCGGACCCCGAUGAUCGUGACGGUGCCCAACGCCCCGGACGUCCCGGAGACCAGCCGGAUGUUGGAGGACGUGGACAGUGUCCAGGUAUCACAGGUACAGGACAUCAGCUGCAGUCUUUGCCUCAGCAUCAGCCCCUCCCCCUGCCCUCCUAACCUGACUGACCUGGGCUUGCUCUCCCCCCUCUCCCCCUCUCCCCCCUCUUCCCCCCUGGCUCUCCUGCAGGUCCUGGCCUUCCUGACGCCCUCCUCCGCCUCGCGCAGUAACGCCCCCCCUCCUGUGCCUCUCCCGCAGAGCUACGAACCCGACGAGCUGACGGAGGAGAUGGCCCACCUGGAGGGCCUCAUGAAAGACCUGAACGCAAUCACCACCGCGCCCUAG